UGGGCAGCUGGCCGGGCAAUCGCCGUGGGCAGCCUAGGGGAGGCCCCCGCUUCACGUGAAGCCCGUGCAGCAACAGCCGAGGCAGCUGCGAUGAAGCCCAGGCCCGCGGGGUUCGUGGAUAAUAAACUGAAGCAGCGCGUCAUCCAGUACCUCACCAGUAACAGAUGCGGCAAAUAUGUGGACACUGGUGUCUUAGCAUCUGAUUUACAAAGAAUGUACAGUAUGGACUAUGGUCGAAGGAAAAGAAAUGCCUUUAGGAUUCAGGUGGAAAAAGUUUUUAGCAUAAUUAGUAGUGAGAAAGAACAUAAGGAUCUAGCAGACUUAGAAGAUGAACAUCUGGCCAAAAGAGCAAGACACGGUGAAGAGGAUAAUGAGUAUGCUGAAAGCUAUUCUGAUGAUUCAAGUAUGGAAGAUUACCCAGACCCACAGUCAGCAAAUCAUAUGAACAGUUCCCUGCUCUCCUUGUAUCGGAAAGGAAAUCCUGAUUCUGUUUCAAGUACUCCAGAGAUGGAACAAAAAGAAACCAUUACUUCAUCACCACGGAUAACUUCCAGAACAGGCUCCGUUCCUUCAAAGACCCCUGCCGGAGGUUCUGAAGGAGGAUGGUUUAUUGACAAAACCCCAGGUGGAAAGAAGGACAGUUUUUUCUCGGAUCUAUCAGAUGAGAAGUGUAAUGAUAAGAAGCUGAUCUCUGAGAUAGAGAAUUCAAAAGAUUCUUCUCUUCUGGAGAGUAACAAAAAAAGAAAAGGCAAGCUAAACAGCAAAGGAGGCAAAAAGAAGAAAGAAGAUCUCCAGGAAGUAGAUGGGGAAAUAGAAGCUAUCCUGCAGAAGAAAGCUAAAGCCAAGGGGCUAGAAUUACAGAUCUCCAGUGUGAAGUUCGAAGACGUUGGCGGCAAUGAUACAACAUUAAAAAACAGGUCCUUUCAUUCCACAUUGAUUCAUUCUCUUUGGGGCUGUGAAGGACAUCAUUCCUGUUCAUUCCUACAGGAGGUCUGCAAGAUGCUUAUACACAUGCGUCACCCAGAGGUGUACCACCACCUGGGCGUCAUACCCCCACGUGGAGUUCUCCUUCAUGGACCACCAGGCUGUGGGAAGACGUUACUUGCACAUGCGAUUGCUGGGGAACUUGAUCUUCCAAUUCUGAAAGUAGCUGCUACGGAGAUUGUAUCCGGAGUGUCUGGAGAAUCCGAACAGAAGCUAAGAGAACUAUUUGAACAAGCUGUGUCAAAUGCACCAUGUAUCCUCUUUAUUGAUGAAAUUGAUGCUAUUACCCCCAAAAGAGAAAUUGCUUCAAAAGAUAUGGAGCGAAGAAUUGUAGCCCAGCUCCUAACCUGCAUGGACGAUCUGAAUAACGUGGCCGCUACAGCUCGGGUCCUAGUCAUUGGAGCUACCAACCGACCAGACUCCUUAGACCCUGCUUUGAGACGUGCAGGAAGGUUCGACCGAGAAAUAUGCCUAGGUAUCCCGGAUGAAGCAUCCAGAGAAAGAAUACUUCAAACUUUGUGCAGAAAACUAAGACUUCCCGAAACUUUUCCUUUUCGUCACUUAGCACACCUCACGCCGGGCUUCGUUGGUGCUGACCUGAUGGCGCUCUGCCGAGAGGCGGCCGUGUGUGCGGUCAACAGGGUCUUGAUGGAGCUGCGGGAGCGGCACGGGAAAAGUCCUGAGACUGAAGCUUCACCCUCUGACGGAGACCAGGAAGAAAGGACUGGAACUGAACCCACUUCUGAAGCCCAGCUGCUUUCUAUACAGGAAGAAUUGCAAAGGCUGCUGGGGUUGCUAAGGAACCAGGAUCCCCUCUCAGAGGAGCAGCUUAAAGGACUGUGCAUUGAGUUGAAUGAUUUCAUGGUUGCUCUGUCCUCUGUCCAACCUUCUGCCAAAAGGGAGGGCUUUGCCACUGUCCCUAAUGUGACAUGGGCAGAUAUUGGUGCCCUGGAAGACAUUAGAGAAGAGCUCACCAUGGCGAUUUUGGCACCAGUACGUAACCCAGAUCAGUUCAAAGCUCUUGGCUUGGUGACUCCAGCUGGGGUCCUGCUGGCUGGUCCUCCUGGCUGUGGGAAAACUCUGCUCGCAAAGGCUGUUGCAAAUGAGUCUGGGUUAAAUUUUAUAUCUGUGAAGGGCCCUGAAUUACUAAACAUGUAUGUUGGUGAGAGUGAGCGUGCUGUGCGACAGGUUUUUCAGAGAGCCAAGAACUCAGCACCCUGUGUGAUAUUCUUUGAUGAAGUGGAUGCGUUAUGCCCUCGAAGAUCAGCCCGAGAGACAGGGGCAAGUGUCCGAGUGGUGAAUCAGCUGCUUACAGAGAUGGAUGGUCUGGAAACACGUCAGCAAGUUUUUAUUAUGGCAGCCACUAACAGACCAGAUAUCAUUGACCCUGCAAUCCUGCGCCCAGGCCGCCUGGACAAAACACUCUUCGUGGGUUUACCACCCCCAGCAGAUCGUCUCGCCAUCCUAAAAACUAUCACAAAAAAUGGUACAAAACCCCCACUGGAUGCAGAUGUGAACUUGGAAGCAAUUGCUGGUGACCUUCGCUGUGAUUGUUAUACAGGUGCAGAUCUCUCUGCUUUGGUACGGGAGGCUUCUAUCUGUGCCCUGAAGCAGGAAAUGGCAAGACAGAAGAGUGGAAGUGAAAAAGGUGAACUGAAGGUUAGUCAGAAGCACUUUGAAGAAGCUUUCAAGAAAGUAAAAUCAUCUGUAUCAAAAGAGGAUCGAGCAAUGUAUAAGGAUCUGCAGUGGUCCCUCAGCCGGUGACUUCUCCAGCAGCGAGCCUUCCGGGAGUCCAGUGCCUCGAGAUGCCAGAGAUGCCCGCGUGCUCUGAGUGCCCACUUUCAGCUUGAUACAUGUGCUCUCACAUAAGCAUUUUAUCCUCAAAUUAAUGAGGCCAAGUCAAAGCUGAAGAUGCUUCCCAUCUGGACAACCUCAUAUGGAAACACCCUACCUCCUGUUUAAGGGGAAAAAAAAGUAAUUGUCAAAAUAAAAUAACAGAUAACCUUUUUAAAAUAAAAUGUUUAUUUUGAAACAA